AUGGCCAAAGCAACCUCAAAUAAGCAGAACAACCGGGCGGACCCACUGUCCAAGAAGGACAAGAAGGUUGCCUCCAAGAAGGAUGUCUCUAAGGAGGCAGAGGAAGCAGAGCCCUCGAAGGACCCGAAGUCGUCCCACUUGUACACCGAUGACAACCCGGAGACCACGCUCAAGGGGACGGGCUUUAAAGAUGUGGAGACGGCAAACAAGACCAUCGAACUUGUCUCCAAGAGGAGCCUGACUUACCAGCGCCAGACCAUCAAUACCAUGUUCAACCGGGCCAAGCACCACCCCAAGAAGACGGAUGAUAUCAAGGCAGCCCAGGCCGUGUUUGACAAGUGGCUCAGGGAGACGUACCCCAAGGCCAGGUCCGAGCAGCGCGAGUUCAAGCCCGUGCUCGCGAAGAAGACCAUGGAGGAGGUGCUCCCGCUGCUGAAGCAGGCCAAGGGCGUCGACACCAAAUUUGCCGAAUUGUAUGUUGCGCUUGAGCCCAGGAAGCGCCUCGCCAACACACUGGUGGACGAGAGCCAGCCGGGAGAAGCCGACUGGGACAAGGCGAGGGUUACCGCCCUGAGCGAGCUGGUGCCCGAGGGGAAGGAUGUCAUUGCUGAGGAGAGGCUGUGGGGUGAGGAUGGGAAGCCGUCUACGUACCACUUGAGCCUCAUUGCUUGGGCCUGGUCGCCCGCGACGGAGUAUAAGCUCCUGAAGGCAGUUCGAGAGUGA